CUCCCCGGCUCGUUUCGCCGGAGCCGCCGGCGGCUGACAUCCGGCGGGGCGGCCGGUCCGGCCCCGGGAAGGGAAGGGAAGGGAGGCGGGAUCUCCUCCCGCGGCCAUGGAGCAGCGCGGAGCGGCGCCCGCCGUGCUGGUCACCAGCAGGCAAAUUCAGAAUACGCACACGGGGCUGGAUUUGUCGGUGCCGGAAUACCAGGAAAUCCAUGGGAAGAUGAUGUCUGGCCAUGUCGAGUAUCACAUUGUCGUUGUUACCCGACUGGCUGUCUUCAAAUCAGCAAAGCACAAGCCUGAAGAUGUGGUUCAGUUUAUGGUUUCCAAGAAGUACAGUGAGAUUGAAGAGCUCUACCAGAGACUGACAGCACGAUAUCCACAGGUUUCUCUUCCACUCCUGCCUAGAAAAGUUCUCUUCGUGGGGGAAUCUGACAUUUCUGAACGAAGAGCUAUGUUCAAUGAUAUAAUGAAAUUCAUCUCCAAAGAUGAGGAUCUAGCAACGAGUCCUGAGUUAUUGGAAUUUUUAGGAACAAAAUCUUCCAAUGCUGUUGACUUCAAGGGUAAAAAUGUGCCUGAUGACAGGGAGAAAGAAGAUGAAGAAAAUGAGGCAUUGGAUUUUUUUAAAGAGGAGAAGACACCUGACUUAAUCUCACAGCUUUUAUCAGUGGAAAAUGUCAAAAAAGUGGAGGAAAAAGAAGGAGAUGAGGAGGAGGAGGAAAUUUUAGACCCUCUUGGGAUAAUCAGGUGUCACAUCUGA